AGGUAAUCAACAAUGCUUGCGCAACCCAGAAAAUCCUGUCCAUCCUAAUGAACUCUGCUAACAUAGAUAUCGGUCCUGAAUUAUCGAAACUGAAAGAAUUCACCAAGAACUUCCCACCAGAGCUCAAAGGCUUAGCCAUCAACAAUAGUGAAGCUAUACGUGCGGCUCACAACAGUUUUGCAAGACCCGAGCCUUUCAUCUCUGAUGAACAGAAAAUCGCUGGAAAAGACGAUGAUGUGUACCACUUCAUCAGUCUCGGCCAGUGCUCCAACGACCUUGAUUGGCUCAAACUGGUUGGACCGGUGAUACAGGAACGCAUCGAGAGGUAUGCCAAGAGCGAGAUAAGGUUCAAUCUCUUGGCGGUGAUCAAGAACAGUAAAAAGAUGUACACCGCCGAGCUGAAGGAGCUCCAGAGGCAGAGGGAAAGGAUCCUGGCAGCUUCUCAAGCUGAAGGGGCCAGCGGGGGCAGCUACGAAUCGAUGAGCAAGUCAUUGUCCGAGUCGUUGUCCGAGGUGAACAGUGGGAUCGAGACCACAACUGCAAAGAUCCUGAUGGAGGAGGAGAAGUUCAAGAAGUGGAGAACCGAGAACAUUAGGAGGAAGCACAAUUACAUCCCGUUCCUGUUCAACUUCCUCAAGAUCCUUGCUGAGAAGAAGAAGCUCAAGCCUCUGGUCGAGAAAGCUAAGCAAAAGGCUGGCAACGCCAAGUGAAACAAAGACCAAUGGUAAACUCUAUCGGACGACUUCAAUCCAGUCUGUACCUUGUUUUUGUGUCAUUUGAAAACUUCUUUUGUUUAAGAUUUCUAUCUAUGGCUUUUUGGAUGCUCUAGAAUGCAUAUCUUCAAGCAGAGUUACCGAGUUCAGAUGAGGCAGUGGAGAUCUCGCUCCUGAUUCUUGUAACUGG